AUGUCCGACAAAGAUGAAAUUCCUCCUUCACCUUCGCUCGUAGCGCCUCAGAUUCCUGCCGCUGACGGUCACGACGAUGACGAUCAAGACGGCGGGCAAUUGCGCUACUUUGCCCGAUCGCCACACCCGUAUCACCGACAGAGAUUCGAGCUGCUUCAUCCAUCUGACAAGCUCGCCCCACAAACCUGCAGGAGCAGCACUGGCAGCUCCUCAACUUCGCGCGGUGCCGCUGGAUCUUCUCGGCUACACCCACCAUCCGCCCUUAGUUCUCCCUUCGUAAAGGAGUCGACUCCGACGAGCGACAGCGGUACGGACGCCGACGAUGAGCACUUCCUCAAGGGACUGCCGGCGCCACGGACGAGACAACAUAAAGGGUUGCGUGGGCGUAACGAGCCGCUAUCUGGGGCCUCCACUCCAUUGCUACCACCAGACCUGCUGGAGGAGGAGGGACGCAAAGCUCCACCAGGCCCGAGACAGGACGCAUCUGUUCGCGACAGGCGUGCCAAAGCAGAGAAGACGCGGCGCAAAAAGGAGAUCAUUCGACGGGCUGCGGAAGCUCUAAUCUUGUUCUCUUUGGGUGCCAUUCUUUACUCGAAUCGCGACGUCAAGUCUGUAGUGCACGCGUGGAGAAAAGAACUAACCAUACAGGGUCUACUCGCUGCCUUGUUGGUUGCCGUUUACCCUCUCCGAGUCGUGUUAUGGGCCUACAUUGAAGGCACUCCCUCGAGGCAGAUCCCGCUGUCUGUGCCGACCUCUUUUGACCCAGGACCUCUUUUUUAUCCGCCAACGAUACCUAUAUACGUUUCGCUCCUCUUGUCUCCUAACAACCAGUUCAUCAUCCUACCAAACCUGGUUCUGAGCAUAGCAUCGCUCCCUAGAGCUCUAGUCCCCCUCGCGAUCGGCGGUGAGCUUUGCGAUCCUGCGCAUUGGCUUUUAUCCACUGUUCCGCUGGUUGCCAGCGGGCUCACGGCUCAAAACUGGGAACUUGGACGGCUGGGAACUGUGCCAAUCACGGAAAUAGCCGUCAUCCUGUAUCCGCUGCACCAAAACCUUUGCAUGCUGCUCCAGCAGUUGACGACUACGAGUUUGCUUCCGGCUGAAUUGCAGCUAUUGUCGAUAGUUUUGGUCAACAUUUUGCUGUUCUCGACCUCCCCACAGAUGGUCAUCUUGACAACGCUUAUCUGGGGCGGCGGACUGGCCCUCCUUGUGCUGUGCGGGCAUGUGAUCAGAUGGGGAAUCACUCUGGCGCGUGUUCCUAAGUGGCGCUUCAAGAGACCAUCUCAUGCCAGUGGAUCCAACACGAGGCAAGCGUCCACGUUGUUACGCCACCUGUUCAACCUCGUAACCGUUCGCGGCUUCAGAUAUGAGCUAUUCGGUGCAGAUUAUAGCGAUGACGAAUAUUGCGCCUUAUCAGAUGCAGGCAAUCACGAAGGCCGAUACUCGCCCGAUAUAGCAGGAGGCGAUAUGAAUAUGGAUGGGGGCCAUGAAGGUCCUUUCAGUCUCCUGAAGAGCUUCACUCUUUCUGCAGACCAAGAGGAGGACAGCAUGCGUUUGGACCCGUCGGUUAGCCAUGCGGAAACCUUUCCAGUUCUAUCCGCAAACAGGCUCAAGCCCAGGCGCCAUACCUUAUCAACACUUACGGGCCCGGGUCCUCGGUCCAAGACACAUACACCGUCCGGCCGUCGGAAGAGGUCGGCAUCAUCGAGCAUCCGCGCCUUCUUUUCACUCACCUACGCACAGGCCACCGCGAGAAAAUGGGCAUACGCCAUCUGGAUGUACAUUUGUAUAAUCGGCAUCAUACUCGGCGGUGUUCGAGUAUACGUGGGCAAGUAUGCUCUUCAAGGGGAGGAGCCCAUUGGCUGGGCUCUAGGUUAUCUUUUUGGUGACCUGCCUUGGUUCAGGCUUCAGGUGGUCAAGGCAAACCUUGAACGGUGGAUCUGUCUGCCACCUCGCUGGGACGAAGAUGCCAUUGAGCAGUGUUCGUCGGCCCUUUGUCGGCUGGGUUGGGUUGAGCAUCUACGACAUGCUGUUCUGGGGGAGGCCAACACCCGUCUGUUACUCAGUGCCUACUGGUUGGUGAUCAUCGUUGUCGGUCUGGGGGUGGUCUUCAAGUUGACGCCCAUCUAUGAGGUGGAUACUCGGCGCAAGGUCUUCCACUUCAUGAUGGUGGGAAUGCUCCUCCCCGCCACUUAUGUUGAUCCAUCAUAUGUUGCGCUCGCACUUGCCCUCAUUCUCGCCAUCUUUCUACUCCUUGAUCUCAUUCGUGCGAGCCAGCUUCCACCACUUUCGAAACCGAUCGCAUCAUUCUUAACGCCCUAUGUUGAUGGGAGAGAUCUCAGAGGCCCAGUUGUUAUUUCACACAUUUUUCUCCUGAUAGGUUGUUCUAUCCCAUUGUGGCUGUCGCUGGCAGCUCUAGGAAGUGAUGACGCUGCUGAUGACCAACGCCGCCAGAGCCCUCUAAUGGCAGGUUGGGAAUUGUCGACACGAGACGUCAGCAUGGUGUCUGGUGUCGUUUGCGUUGGACUUGGCGACGCUGCAGCAUCCCUGAUAGGGAGACGUUGGGGACAUCGAAAAUGGAUCUGGGGUGGCGGCAAGUCCCUAGAGGGUAGUCUUGCCUUUGCAGUCGCCGUCUUCCUGGGUUUAGCCGCCGCUAGCCUGUGGCUACGCAUCGGGGGCUGGUCGAUCACUGGAGAGGGCCUCGGGGACGAAUGCACCCUCGGCAUCUGGCCGUGUUCUUGGCGCUGGCUGGUCCAGGACCAUCUGCGUGGCUGGGUUAGGUCGCUACGUGGAGCGGCAGUCUGCGGUUCUAUGGCAAGCUUGACGGAGGCUGUGCUCACGGGUGGAAAUGACAACGUGAUUGUUCCGGUUGUUUUGUGGACUUGUGUCAAAAGCCUCGGGGUUUGA